CGAAGAAAUCUUUGGGGUUUAAUAUCAUGGGAACACCUGACGAGAAUGGAUCAGAUUGGACAGCUCAAGUACUACCGACUGUGGUGUCUCUGGGGCGUUGGAGCAGGUUGGGUUCUUGCAUGGAGGUUUUGUCGAUGGACUGAUAUCAUUGAUUUUGGCUUUUGGUCCAUGAUGUUGUCCAACCUGGUGAUGGGAUUGAUCUUGAUGUGCUGGUGGAGCUUCUGGACGUUUCAGUAUCAAGGAGUUGUCUGGCGUGAGGAUUUGAAAGAGGGUUGGGCAGUUUGG